AUGGUUUUGAUACUGCUUAUCCUAAAUUCGGUGAAUUUAUCUAGAAUGUUUAAGUAUAGACGUCUUGUCGAUGGUGUAAGAAUUAAGUUUUCUAUUUAUAAGGCGGGAAAGUUCUGUAUAACAUUUCAUGUGAACGAAGAUGGUUGGAGGGACUGUAAUUCUUGUGGGAAGCUAUUCCAUUGUGGAUGUAUCGUGUCACUCGCUGAUUAUUCAAUGCAUGAUUUUGGUGGGAUAAUCUGUAAUGACUGUUCAAGGACUAAUUUUGUGUCGGCACGGCAAUGUUUAAAAAGUGAAUCAAAUCCUCAAGAUUUGGAGAAGCAAUCAAUCCCUACAGCCCCUGAAUCUGACGUGACGUUUUUAUUUGACAAAAAGAUAACUCCUAGUGACGCCAACCACAAUAAUAGCCGUAUAAUAAUUUCAAAGAAACAUGCUACGGCUUUUUUCCCAGAACUUUCUGCUGGUCAAGUAUACCCAUUGAAUCUCAUGGAUACAGAUGGGAAAACUUGGGAUGUUAACUACCGUUAUUGGGUUCACGGAGACAGAAGAAUGCAUGUUCUACAAGGGCUAAAAAGAUACAUGGUCUCAAAGAACCUGCAAUCUGGUGAUACAGUGACAUUUUAUCAGAGGAAAUCAGAUGGAAAGAUGGUUAUAGAAUUAAAAAAGACUUCCAACUCAUCAGGCCUCAAUCUGACGGGGAAAAUAGCCAGUUUGCGCCCACGGAAGAGGGCUGCAUAAUAAAUCUUGUCGCUAGAUUUAAUAAACUUAAAACAUAUUUUGCCGUUUAUUUGCUGUGAACAACGCAGAGAGACAAACCCCUGUUCAUGAUAUUUUAUGUUGUAUGUUGAAUGAACCCUAUAUGUUUUUACGCUUUCUAGUUACCUGAAAUAAUGCACAUUUGGUGGAAACCAAACGAACAAGUUAAGAACCCACUCCUGUUGGGGUGCAGCAGCCGUAAGCAUGGUUGGCAUUGUUUCUUAAUAGGUUUUGAUAAUGAAUCUUUGAAUUAAUCUUCCUUUCCUUUUUGCUAAGUGCUGGCUUAUUUUAUA